UAGGAAAACAAGGAACGUGAACGCGCCGAAAAGACAUCAGCUGUUUGGAGGACCCAACCACUUGUUAAUUCGUGGUGUGAAGUGUGAUGCUUGUCUUUUUAAUAAAUUAUAUUACAUUAUUAGUUAAUGGUAAUAACAUAAUUAAUUAUAUUUAACAUAGUUAAGACACGACAAAAGUCAUGAAAGGAAACCAAUAAUCUGGGUCUGUGAACGACUCUGGAUGGCAAGUUAAGACUAUGGAAGACAGUUUUGAGAACACCAAUGACCACGAUAUUUCUGAAAGCAAGAUGGGGCCAUCAGAUGACGAUAACACGGACGACGAGCGUGCACUACCUCUGAGGGACUUCUAUCCAUAUAUUCGUUGUUCCCUUUGCAACGGCUUCCUCGUUGAUGCCACCACCAUAACAGAAUGUUUACACACAUUUUGCAAGAGCUGCAUUGUGAAAUUCUUCUUCUACAGCAACAGAUGUCCAAACUGUGCAAUUGUUGUGCACCAGACACAGCCACUGUAUAAUAUCAGGCCAGAUAGACAGCUGCAAGAUAUUGUUUACAAGAUGGUACCCCAUCUGGAAAAACACGAAAGAAAAUGCCUGAUUGACUUCUACAAAGAAAGAGGACUGGAGGUUCCUAAAACAGCUGCGGUCCAAUCUGUAGCCCAAACCAAGGCUCAGAAAGCACAGAAAGACCCUCUGCCCCAGUCUGUGUUCACCCUCCCCCCUGAGCUGGAUGUCUCGCUGGUGUUGGAGUUUGUGGGGGCAGAGGAAGGCAUUGGGAAUUACAAGCCCCUGGAGAGGAAAUACGUGCGUGUGUCGGGGGAGGCUACCAUCCGUCACGUGGAGCUCUUCAUCAGGCGGAAGAUGGAGCUGGCACAGAGCUGUCAGGUGGACGUGGUGUGUGGAGAGCAGCUCCUGGAACGCUGCCGGUCCCUCAGGGAAGUCUGCAGCAGCGUGGGACAGAGCGCCCUGCAGGACGGAUUGCUGGUUCUUCACUUCGGAAUUGUGCUAUCAGACUAAAUGGAGGAUGAAGGGGCUGUAACCUGCGGUCACUGUGAAAUUCAACUAACCUCAGAAAGUAAAGCUGCAAGGUGGCAAUGCACGACACAAAGCCUCGGCAGCUCUAUGCAAUGCCACUCUCUCACAGUGGCUUUUUUUGGUUCGUUCUGUAAACUUCCUCUUCUUCAACGCCAGCAUACGUGCUCUUGCACAACCCACCACUACUGUCAUGGAAGGGCUCUCAGGUGGGUCUGGUCUAUGUUGCUGUUGCUACUGUAAACGAAAGGGCUCAAAUCCAGUACCACUGUGCACAGACAGCGUGAAGGAAACAAGUGCUUUAGGUCUUCCUGCUGAUGGCAUGAUGUAUUUUGUAAAGGUGACCUGUGUGUAUGAAUACGUUUGGUGAAGGGCUGCUUAUCUGUUAUCAAGGGCUUGGAUGUUAAUCAGCAUUUUUUUUGUGAGAGUGGAAGGAUAUAGCUGAGUUUAAAAUCAGCAGGUCCCUCUCUGGAUUGUUGUGGGUGGGAGGGACCUCAUAAGAAAUGGUUUAAUUUUUGACCAUUUAAAGAAAGCAGCUUUAACUUCUUGCCAUUAAGUGCUGUUAUUUUUUAUUCUUUAUUAUUUCCAAAAUUGAAUGCUGUUUUGUCCUCUGAUUUAUCUACAAUGCUCUUCUGUUUUCAAUCAAUUGCUGUGAAUCUGUCUUUACCCUCAAAUAUGAAUCCAAAAAUAAGUCCUAUUUGCAAUAUUUCAAAUGCAUACAGAGAUGUGGUUAUUUUUUCAACUGUGUGAUUAGCUUUUGUAUUUACACUGUGACUGAUUUUCCACUACAGAGUUCACUUUGCAUUCUUGUAACAACAUUAAAAGCACUGAAUGCUUUUCACUUUUA